UCACUCGUUGGUUUGCUCACUCCCUUAUGGGAUGAAUCAAUGCUUCCAGAAACCCAGGGGCUUCCGAGGGACCGCGGGAACAAUUACUUCCAAAUGAACUCGUGCAUCUUAGCAGGGAGCGUGCAGACCACACCCCAGGUCUCUUCUGGUGAUUCUGAAGCUAAACCUCUGAUCUUCACAUUUGUCCCCACUGUCAGAAGACUGCCAACCCACUCCCAGUUGGGUGACACCUCUAAAUACAUUGUUAAAAUUCCUGAGGAACCAAGUGAUAAGACUCCAGAAACUGUAAAUAGGUUUGAUUCCCAUGAGUACUUGACCUUGAAUGUUGGGAGCCAACAAGAGAGAGAACGAGGAACGCUGACCUGCCCUUCAGAGGUCAAGGACAAGGCUUCCCAAGGAAGGGAAUUUAAAGAGAAGAAACCUCAAGGAAUGCAGCAAAGUGACCUCUUCAAAGCGGAAUAUGUCUUUAUUGUGGACUCUGAGGGGGAGGAGGAAGCCCCGGGCAGAAAAGGUGACCAGGGACCCCCGGUGGGGACAGGCCCCCCGGCUGCUCGGCCUGUGUCUCUUGCCAUCUCCUCCAGUCUGGCCUCCGAUGUGGUGCGCCCCAAAACUCGAGGGGUGGACCUCCAGGCCCCGUUGCAUCCUGAACGGCCUCAGGCGAUGGCUCCUCAGCAAAGACAUGGCCAGUUAACUUCUCCCACUGCCUCUGAGCAGCUUGCCUGUAAACCACCUGCUUUCUCCUUUGUUUCUCCAACUAAUCAGAAAACACCACCUGCCCCAGGCGACCUCGCCGGCGCCUCUGUCCUGGAGGAGUUCCACUCGAGGAGGCUGGAUACCCGUGGGGCCCUGGUGGAAGAAACAACCACGUACUUUCAAACUUCCGCUCACUCUGCACCCUUUUUUGCACCGAAGGGCACGUCCUCGACGUCACAGGUCCCCCAGUCCGCUCAGUUAUCAGGUUCUCCUUCAUCCCGUCCAAGCGCAGCACAGCAAAACCCGGGGCAGCCUUCCGAAGUCCUCAAGAAGACGGUCACCUCGAACGUCCUUAGUCCCAAAGAGAGUCCGAGAGCCUCUUCUCCUUCACCAGCCUCCGGUGCUUCUCUGAAGUCGGGUGCAGCCUCCUACAUCCCAGUCCGCAUCGUCACGCACUCGCUCUCGCCGAGUCCCAAAGCUUUCCCCGCCCCUUUCCACGGCUCUUCCUCCACGGUCUGUAGCCAAGCGUCCUCCAGCGCGAGCCUCUCAAGGCCAGGGGUGAAACCCCUGGUGCCCUCCAGGCUUUCGGUUCUCACUGCCAUCCUCAAGUCCAACCCUUCCCACCAAAGGCCCCUUUCCCCGGCCUCCUGUCCCACCUUCUCUCUCAACUCCCUGGCUUCCUCCACGCUCACGCUUGAUCAAAAAGCCAAACAAACCCCACCCACACCUAAGAAAUCCCUCUCAAGUUGCUCCCUGCGAUCGGGGUCUCCCGAGCAAAGGGAAAACCCGGUUUCCCACCUCAGCCAGCCAUCCUUCCCCUUUUCUUCUCCCACCAAAGCUGCUCCCUCUCCCCAGGCAUCGGCCCCUUCUCCCCCAAAACAGGGCAGUAGCAGCUUCGCUUCUGUGAUUGUAGAGAAAAUGCCAUCCCCGACUCUGAAGAGCAGCCCAGUGACUUCCCAGCUGCAGACCGGUACCUCCAGCUCCGUGGGUCUGCCUCCCGUCCCUCCAAGCUUUUCUCCUCUGUCUUCCAAAGGCAGACAGGAUGCUGACCCCAGAGGCCCGGGAAAGCCCAGGGAUAUCUGCUCGCAUGCUUCUGCAUCACCUUCCUCCACAUCGUCUUCUGUGUCUCCUCCCACUAACCCAAGGGCCAGGCUCUCCUCACCAGAGAGACUCUACCAUCCGUCCCCAGCUCUUUCAAACCUGAUAAACCGAUCCAGGAGCGCACAAGCGCUGGCCUCUGGCCAAGGGCAGACUCCGUCUACUCCGCGCCCAGCCCCUGUCUCCAGCUCCAGCUCUGCCUCUCUUCCCCGUCUGGGGCCCUCUGCUCUCCCCCUGGCUAAUCCUCCCACAAAAGCACGCCAGCUCAGCCCCUCCGCGCUGCGCCCAGAUCUUAGCCCGCCUUCAAGACUUGGGAAACCCGAAAGCUCUGUAUCUGAGCACAGGUCAUCUGUCUCAGCCCCGUCACCUCCCUUCUCUCUAACAAGAACCCAGGAGCUGAGUUCACCUUGUACAUUGUCCAUGUCAGCAGGCCCUGAGAAUAAGAAACCCAAGCAAUACAAGACCAGGUCCAGCUACAAGGCUUUUGCAGCAAUCCCAACAAACACAUUGCUUUUGGAACAGAAGGCACUAGACGAACCAGUCAAGACGGACAGCAUUUCUAAGGACAACACCUUAGACCCACCUCUGGAGUUGUGUUCCCCUGCACAGCUCAGGCAGCAAACUGAAGAGCUCUGUGCUACCAUUGAUAAGGUCUUACAGGAUUCCUUGUCCAUGCAUUCUUCUGAUUCUCCUUCAAGUUCCCUACAGACUUUGUUGGGUUCUGACACAAUCAAAAUGCCGACAACUCUUCCAAGAGCAGCUGGUCGAGAAACCAAAUAUGCAAACCUGUCCUCACCAUCUUCUACAGUAUCGGAGAGUCAGCUGACAAAGCCUGGAGUAAUUCGCCCCGUACCGGUAAAAUCCAAAAUAUUACUGAAAAAAGAGGAGGAAGCCUAUGAACCCAACCCUUUCAGUAAAUACCUGGAGGAUAACAGUGACUUCUUUUCUGAGCAGGAUGUGCCUGUCCCUCCCAAGCCUGUUUCUCUCCAUCCUUUAUAUCAGACUAGACUCCAUCCUCCUGCUCAGUCCCUACUGCGACCACAGACCCUCCCGCAUGCUGACUGUCUUACCCCUGGACCCUUCAGUCACUUGUCCUUCUCCCUGAGUGAUGAACAGGAGAAUUCUCACACCUUGUUUAGUCACAACGCAUAUAAUAAGCUGAGUCAUCCAAUGAUGGCUAUUCCGGAACAUGAAACCCUUGAUUCCAAAGAGGUAAAUGUAGAAUAUAAUUGAACAUCCGCUUAUCCAUCUCCAUGUAAUAUUGGAUUGUAGAACAAUGAAGAUGGAGCAGAAGUGAACACUCAGGCUGGGAUGAAGUUUUUGGAACGCUGGUGCUAAUCACUUGCUAGAUUUAACUUUUAUCACUCUUUUUUCAGUCUUAGUGUUUUCCUUAUGAACUGCACUGGAACUAAGAAAGUUCCCUGCAGGCAUAUAACAUGGCAGUGAUCACUAACACCCCGCUUAGAAGAGAUUUGCCUACAGUUUCUCCCGCCACUGUUAGAGCCUUGAAUGCCUUCUAUUAAGCUGACAGCAAUACUAACAUGCCCCUCUGUUUAGCAGGCAAAUAAAAAAAGAAACAUGGGGAAAUAGAAGGAUGGGUGUGAUGAUUUUUCAACACCAGUUUUAUUUUAUGCAUACGUUACUAUCUGAAUCAGGUUGUAUUUCCCUACUGCUUAAUUAUUUUUGCACAUUAAAAAAACAGUAACUUUUUGAAAAGGAGUCCCUGCCCGCUUUCAGGGGUUCAUUGGGAAACUCUUGAAGGUGUGAAAGCUGGUAUUUACACAAAACACAUGCUGUUUUCCUGUCCUGUUUGGGUUCUGUGCUUCCUGGGACAUGCAGACAGUCAAGUUUAGGUCAUGUUGCUGAACUGUUUCCUACAUCACUGUUUCUCUGACUGUCACCACGUGAUUCUUGCAAAGACUUCUUAUAACUCUUCAGAGUUAGUUUGUACCCAUCAUCUUGGGAGCAGCCAAGACCGAAGAGCAAACCGCCCUGUUGCGGACAGUCCCGGGAGCGCCCCCCCCCAGCAUACCCGGUGCCCGCCAUAUUGUCCGUGUUACCUUUCUUUCCUAGCUGCCACCCCCAGCAUCCAGUCCUCACCUUCUCUAAGUGGUCCUCUUUGUCUUGUCUGUCCAGUUGGGGCAAUACACCAAGGGAGAAUCCACCGUGGUUUUGGCCUUGGGGCCCUUGUUGGCGGGGACUUGGUAGACACUAUGUACCCUUGUGCACAACUCACAUUCUCCUUGGAGCCAGCUCUAUCUGAGCCACUGUGUCCUCAGACCAUGGCUCCAUCACCCUCAUCAUCCUGCCCAGGGCAAAGCAAGGAGGGUUGCCCACAGAACAGUUCGCCUCCUCAUCCUCCAGGCACCAUUUUGGAUGGCUCCAUUGUUGUAUUGCAGCAAUAAAGAUGGAGCAGAAGUGAAGGAAAACAUCCUGUAUUUCCAGGUGCCAACUGUAUUUCCAGUUGGUGCCUGGAGAUGCAAAGUCCUCAUCAUCUCCUCCAUUAGUGGGUGAGGAGAAGUGGGGCCUUAGUAAUGCUUUCUGCUCAUUUUUUCUCCCCCAAACACUACUUCUCUACCUGCUAGACUGUGCGAGGCAUCAUUUUAGAUUAUUGAUCAUCUCUAGUACUCACUGUGUUCUGAUCAUGUGUCCGGCACCACGAAUUUGAUUUUACCUUCACAAUGAACCUGUGAGGCAGGUAAUAGUAUUAUUCAUAUUUUAUGUUUGUGAGAAGAGUCUCCAAAAGGUUAAAUCAAGCUAGUAAAUGCUAAAGACAGAAUUAGCACUCAGAUAAUCAGGUUCUAAGACAGCCAUUUAUUCAAUUGUUUGUCCAUUCAUCUUUGACUUUGAGAACAAAAGGUUGAGUCAGUCACACUCCCUAGUUCAUUGCUCUUUUAAGUUUGGGCAAGACCCCUCUCCUGUGUACUUGUUGUUUGGGUGAUUGAUUGAUUAACUUUUCUAAGGAUUUCUAUCUUCUCUUUUCUUGCUAUAGGUACACAUUCUUGUGUUUGAUAUAUAUUCUUUACCUAUAUAUGUUUUGAAGAUGUGCAUUCUUUUUUGCUGCAUAUAUAUUUAAUAAACAUAAAUGAUAUUAUAGUUUAUAUUUUGUUUCAUUUUUUCCCACUUCACACUGUGGUUUUUAAGCUCUAUGAACAUUGCUCCAUAAAUACCUAGUGGAUUGCUCUGUAAACACCUCAGCUACCCACCUGCUCCAGGGUGAGCUCUCAGAGUGCCUCUCUCUACCCUCUGCCAGUUAUGAUGUCCAGUAAGUCCCCUACAUGCGAACCUUCAAGUUGUGGACUUUUGAAGAUGUGAAUGUGCAUCUGGUUCCAGUAAGGAACCAGACCCUGGGCCAUCGGCGUCGGGUGUGAGCAAAACUGCAGCUUAUCCUGGCUCCUGUUGCUGAUGACCCUUCCCGUUCUGUCUCCCACCUCCUCUCCAUCCUUCGGUCAGUAAGCCUUCUUACCUAUUCACUGAACGCCACCCCUGCAUACCAGCUGCUGUCCUGUGCUAUUGUACUUUUCAAGGUACUAUACUGUAAGAUUAAAAAUGUUUUAUUUUU